CGUCCUCUCUAGGACCUCAUUUGGUUGUAAAGGGUCUGUGCUUAACGGAGCUUGUAAUUGGAACGCCGGGGGAGGCUGCUUCCCAGAAGGGGCUUCCAGACUGAGCUAUUUGAGCCCUGACUCCACCUGUAACGGGGUUGCCCCCCGCCUCGGCACCAGCCCUUCGUCCCUGCGGUACCCGCAGGCGGCCCCUUGGACCUUGUUGCGCGUUUACACAGCGGAGACCGAGGUGCCAGACCACCCGGCCCAGGGCUGGGGCGAGGGGUCGGCUGAGCCCGCUGGGACGGGCGUUAGUCGCAGCUUCGCGAAGUCUCGCUCGGCCGUGGGCCCCAUGGCGGCGCCGGCGCUGGCAUUAGUGUCAUUCGAAGACGUGGCUGUGACCUUCACUGGAGAGGAAUGGAGACAACUGGAUCUGGCCCAGAGGACCUUAUACCAGGAGGUGAUGCUGGAGACCUGUGGGCUCCUGGUCUCACUGGGACAUCCUGUUCCCAAACCAGAACUGAUCUACCCACUGGAGCCUGGGCAAGAACUCUGGACAGGGAAGAGAGGCAUCUCCAAAAGCACCUAUACAGGUGAAAAAGCAAAACCUGAGACCACAGAGUUUACUGCUUCUCAGCUGGCCUUCACUGAGGAAGCCCCUUUUGAGGACCAAAUGACACAGGGAGCCUCGAGGGAUUCCAGGUUGGGGCAAGCCAGGGAUCGGGAAAAGCUAUCAGAAAUGCAGGAAGGAAACUUGAGGCCAGGAACAGACCCCCACGAGGAGACAUGCCCUAGGAAGUUGAGCCAUAAACAUGAUGAUUUGGAGACAGAUGAUAGUUUGUGUUUAACCAUUUUACAGGAGCGAGUCACUAUACAAGAUGAUCUACAUGAACAUGAUGGCCAAGGACCCAGAAAAGACCCUGUGACCGAUGCAAGGAAUAACCUGUAUAAAUGCAAAGAAUGUGGGAAAGGGUUUAGCAAGAAUUGGGCCCUUGUUCGGCAUCAACAGAUUCACGCCCGAGUGAAGCCCUAUAAAUGCAGUGAAUGUGGGAAAGCCUGUCGUUAUAUGGCCGACUUCAUUCGACAUACGAGGUUUCAUACGGGGGAAAAACCAUACGUGUGUGUGGAGUGUGGGAAGGCCUUCAAACGCAGGUCUCACCUCACAGAGCACCAGCGCAUUCACACUGGAGAUAAGCCCUAUGAGUGCAAAGAAUGCGGUAAAGCUUUCACCCACCGCUCCUCUUUUAUCCAGCAUAAUAUGACGCACACUAGAGAAAAGCCCUUUUUGUGCAAAGAAUGUGGGAAAGCUUUCUACUACAGCUCUUCCUUUGCUCAACACAUGAGGAUUCACACUGGAAAGAACCUCUAUGAGUGCAGUGAAUGUGGAAAGGCCUUUACUCACCGCUCCACUUUUAUCCAGCAUAAGAUGACCCACACAGGAGAAAAACCCUUUCUGUGCAAAGAAUGUGGCAAAGCUUUUUGCCUCAACUCAUCCUUUAUUCAACACAUGAGGAUUCACACUGGAGAGAAACCCUAUGCGUGCAGUGAAUGUGGAAAGGCCUUCACUCACCGCUCCACUUUUGUCCGGCAUAAGAGGACUCAUACUGGAGAGAAGCCCUUUAAAUGCAAGGAAUGUGGGAAAGCCUUUUGUGACAGCUCUUCUUUAAUUCAGCACAUGAGGAUUCACACUGGUGAGAGGCCCUAUGAAUGCAGUGAGUGUGGAAAGGCCUUUACACACCACUCGGUUUUUAUCCGACAUAAUAGAACCCACACUGGAGAAAAACCCUUGGAGUGUAAACAGUGUGCAAAAGCUUUUUACUAUAGUUCUUCCUUUACUCGACACAUGAGGAUUCACACUGGCGAAAAGCCCUAUGUAUGCAGAGAAUGCGGGAAGGCCUUUACCCAACUGGCAAAUUUUGUUCGUCAUAAUAGGAUCCACACUGGAGAAAAACCAUAUGAAUGCAAAGACUGUAACAAGGCCUUCUGUGACAACUUUGCCUUAACUCAACACACGAGAACUCACACUGGAGAGAAACCCUUUGAAUGUGGUGUGUGUGGAAAAACCUUCAGCCACAGUUCAUCCUUUACUCACCAUCGAAAAAUUCAUACCAGAGUGUAAAGGCCUUGGCAAGUCAUUUACUUCAAUUUUAAGGAACUCGUACUGGUGAAAUACCUUUUCUUUUGAAUAUAACUAUUCAGGAAAACAUUUUGGCCAGAGAAGUAUUUUACUAUCUGGUAAUUCAUACUGAAGAGAAACAUCAUAAUUGUCAUCCCUGUGAAAGUUUCUUUGUGGCAGGUCCUCUCAAAGGUCGUCUUAGAAAUUGACCAAGCCUAGAGCUUUAACUACCCCUGAGAUUGAUCCGGAAGAGAGACCCAGUGGUUAUGCAUUUAGGAAAAAUGUCAAGAAUUCUUCCCAUGUUUAUACUACAGAACCAUAUCAAAAGUAUCUUAAAAGUACAAUGAGACAUAGUGAAGGAGAUGUAGAAAAGGAAGGAAAACAAAAUGCGUGUAUGGCUUCUAAUUUCCCUGCCAAGCUUGUGAUAAUUUGUCAUCGGGGGGGUGGUGGGGAUAUGGGGGGGAUGAGAGAUGAAAAAUACCUCAUCUCCUUUAUGUGUUUAUUAUAUACCCGUAGUCAGGAGAGUUGGACCAUUGAAGGCAGCUCUGCUGCCAGCUUUUGUUUUUUUUUUUAAUUUUCUUUAUUUGAAAACAUUGUGAUUUUUACCCUUGAGCAUAAAUGUUUGUGAGAGAUGUAGAGGCCUGAGUCAUGAAAUACUUAAAUACGCACACGCACACACCCGCACAGAGUCAAUUCUUGUUAUUCACUGUAGUU